UGUGGAAAGUGCCGUUCGCAGGAAGCAGAGCGAAGGAGACAGGCAGAGCCCAUAGUGCUGACGUUGGAGGCCCAGCCCUGGGGAGGUUGCAGAGGGUAAAUGGUACGGCGCUGGAGGGGGGGCUGGUCGUGGGCGGGGAAAGGGGCCCCGGACGCUUCCCGAUUGCUGGAGAGACGCCGUCAGUCUGCGCGGAUCCCCCAGUCAAGCAGAGCCCUCGCGCAGGAGCCACACUUCUCGCCUGCCCCCGCCGGAGCGCGAGCCCGUGUCCGCCCGGCGAGCCGCCCCGCGUCCGCACGGUGCCGCAGCCCGCGAGCCGCUUUCAAUGGAGGAGCAGCCCGGCCCGCCCCAGCCGCCGCCGCACCACCACCACCCGCACCACCACCACCACCACCACUACUACUACUACAACCACAACCACCACCACCACCACCUCCCGCAGAGCCCCUACCUGCAGCACGGCGCCGACGCCGGCCCCAAGGCCGCGCCCAGGCCGCUGCUGAAACAUGAGCCCAAGCACGCGGGCCCGCAGCCGCAGGACGCGCCGAAGAAGAAAACAGGCUAUGGAGAGCUAAAUGGUAACGCAGGAGAAAGAGAAGUAUCAUUAAAGGGCCUGUGUGCUGAUGAAACAACCAACCCAUCUUCCAGGGUACCAAAUGGCAGCCAGCAACUUGUAGACACUAAUGUAAACCCAAAGCAGACUGUUAAGGUCAGCACCUUUGGGAAAGCUGGAAUCAAACCCAAGAACUUCAUUCAGAAAAACAGUAUGGACAAAAAGAAUGAAAAAAUUUAUGAGAAUAAACUUAGAGAAAAUCAAUCCUCAGACAAACCAGAGGCAGUAUCUAUUCCAAAUGGUGUUGUAACAAAUAGUUCUGGUUAUAUCACUAACGGCUAUGUAGGCAAAGGGGCAGAUAACGAUGGCAGUGGGUCUGAGAGUGGAUAUACCACACCUAAGAAACGGAAAGGCAGGCGUAACAGUGCCAAGGGUUGUGAGAACUUGAAUCUGGUGCAGGACAAAAUAAUGCAACAGGAGGUCAAUACCCCAUCCUUAAAACAGGAACUUGAGAGUUUCAAGACCGACUAUAGUGAACAAAAGGGAAACAGAGUUGACAAUACUAAGCCUGUUUGGAAGUAUGAAGCUGGGGCUGGAGGAGCAGGCCGUGGGAAAACUGGGGUUGGGGAGGUGCAACGAAAAAACUCUGAUGCCAAACCUGGGAUUAGCAGCAAAAAGUUUGAUGACCGGCCCAAGGGGAAGCAUGCAUCAGCAGCUGCAUCAAAAGAGGACUCGUGGACCCUGUUUAAACCACCCCCAGUUUUUCCAGUGGACAACAGCAGUGCUAAAAUAGUUCCUAAAAUAAGUUAUGCAAGCAAAGUUAAAGAAAACCUCAACAAAGCAGCUCAAAACCCAUCUUCUCUGUCGUCUUCAUCGUCGUCUUCAUCUACUGGAGAAACACAGGCCCAAAUGCCGAGUCGACUGUCCCAAGUCCCCAUGUCUGCUAUGAAGUCUGUUACUUCUGCUAGCUUUUCAAAUGGGCCCAUUUUAGCAGGGACUGAUGGGAAUGUAUAUUCCCCAGGGAGCCAGCCACUGCUCACAAUGGCUGCCAGUACUGUACCAUCAGCCUCUCCUGAGUCAGUACACCAGGACAUAAGUGCAGCUUCACCAGCCGCUGAACAAAAGAAGUCUAGCCUUUUUAUCUACCCUUCAAAUAUGCAAUCUGUGCUUUUGGGCACAGCACAGGUGGAUCUGCCAUCUCAGACAAAUCAGCAGAACCUGGGGGAUAUCUUCCAGAACCAGUGGGGUUUAUCAUUUAUAAAUGAGCCCAGUGCUGGGCCUGAGACUGUUCUUGGGAAAUCAACAGAUAAUAAAAUAAUGGAAGUGACAUUUCAAGGAGAAUAUCCUGCCACUUUGGUUUCACAGGGUGCUGAAAUCAUUCCCUCAGGAACUGAACAACCUGUGUUUCCUAAGGCUUAUGAGCUGGAAAAACGGACUAGCCCUCAAAUACUUAGUGGUAUUAUAAAGCCUGGGACUGCUAGUGAGAUUGGAGUCUUGUCUUUGGAGCCACAUCACAUAGGUGACCUGCAAAUGGCAGACACCAGUAGCCAAGGUGCUUUAGUGUUCCUCUCAAAGGACUAUGAACUAGAGAAUCCCUUGGCUUCUCCUACGAACAAUUUGUUAGCCUCCGCCAAAGAUCAGAGGUACCAGAGAGGCCUAGAAAGGAAAGAUAGCUGGGGUUCUUUUGACCUGAGGGCUGCUAUUGUAUAUCACACUAAAGAAAUGGAAUCUAUUUGGAAUUUGCAAAAGCAAGAUCCCAAAAGGAUAAUCACUUAUGAUGAAGCCAUGGAAUGUCCAGAUCAAUGAAGGUAGCAGGACAAGACUGCCUGUUAUAACCUUUCUGCAGCGUGAUGCUGUUCACAGGGGACAAAAGGCUUUUAUGCUCCUUCUAAAUCUUCAGUGCAGCAGAGGAACCAUAACUAGAAUCACAGGAUAAUAUAUACAAAUUAUAUAUAGUUAUUUAAAAAAUGGCGACUGAAAGUAAUUAGACUUCUUAAGGAAUCUGAAAAUUUAUUUCAGCAGACUUCACACAUGAUUAUUUAAUCUCCGGUACUGAAUAGGUUUUUUAGUUUUGUUUUUGUUUAAAGAGCAAAUGCAAAUGAUUAACGAGUACAGACUCAAUUCACAAGCCUGGUUCUAAAGUUCCUGCUGUCAUCAACAUGGGCAACAGUGACGGUUGGAGAGGCAUUUCCACUUUACAAGGUUUCUGUUUCUUGUUCUGUGACUGUAGUGAUACACUAAUCACAGGGAAAUCGGGAUGUUUCACCAUCCUUCAUCUCCCCUUCCCCUCCUUUUUGUUUUAUUUUGUUUGAACCCUGUGCGAAUGCUGGAGAAACACCUUGAAGUUUGCAGGGUUUCCUUUUUUCCAGAGAAUAUAAUCUGCAUGUCUUGCCAGGAGUAAAACAGCCCAUCAGGUGCUGAGAAAAUUGUCUUAAAGCAUCGUUCUUCUGGGGGGAAGAUUGUAAUUCUGCAGUUCUGGGAUACACGUUGGUUUUACAGAGUUGACAAAACUCCGGUUACACUUUGGACUAUUACAACUGAAGAGCUCUUUCACGAGUGUCAUUUUAAAAGACAACAUGCAAAACAAGCAAUUGGUUUAGGCAUUUAAUAUGGAAAAAAACCCUGUUCCCACACUUUUAUGCCAUUGUAUCACUGGGAGCAAAAAAAAUAUAUAUAUACAUAGAUAUAUAUAUCUAUCUAUCUCCUGCUAUCAACUGUAGGUGCUUCAUAUUUGCUCUGUCUGUCUCUUAACACUAAAUGUGCUUUUUUUCCUGUUUUCACUGAAAACCUGAAGAGAAAUUGUUUUUGUGUUCUGCUGACUUUCACCCUUCAAGUAUUUUUUUUCUCUUUAGAAAUAAGUUUUUAAAAAAAGAAGAAAAAAAAAAAAGGAAAAAGGAAAAAAAGAAAAAACCUAUGGGAAUCAUAACCCUUUCCCAUUUGUCCCUGAAAGCAAUGGGUGAGGGAAUACUGUCCCGGCCAUUGGAAAUAUUCUUUUAUAUUUUAAUGCAGUCUGUGUAUUUCUGAGCUCUUUUGCUGCUUCUCAUUAUAUCUCUAUUAAAAUAUAUUUUAUUACAAGAGCAAAAUGGGGUGGGGGGGGUAGGAAUGAAAAUUUAAAAAUCAUCAAAACCAAGGACAGCUUUCCGGCAAUAGCAGAGAAGGCGGAAGAGAGUGCAGGCUUCAACUGUGCGAUCCAUACUGUGGCGCUGCAGCGUGUGUGUAGCAUGUUAAAAAUGUGUUGGUGGUGGGUGGGUUUGUUUGUUUGUUUUUAGUUUGUUUUUAAGGUGCAAAAUUCCUGGGGUCCAAUGUGGGACUGAUCAGUUAAUCAUUAGUGAAACAAAACAAGUUUUCUGGCCUGUCCAAAUUCCAUACAUAUACAACUCUUAAAUAUUCUUGUAUGCUCACAGCUGAGUGCUGGCUAAAAUAUUUGGGCAUUUAGGUUGACAGGAGUUAGCAUCUGGUAAAAUCAGACUGGAUCCCCUGGGGCAUUAGGGGAAGGAAGUAACCCCAUUACUUUUGCCUACUCUUUGUGCUUAGAUGUAUCUACUCUUUUUAAAAAGAAAAUAAUUAGGUAUGUAGCAUGCGUGUCUUUUUUUUUUUUUAAUUGUUUCAUGCUUUUAUUGAGGUUGUUCCUGAAUGAAGCUCUCAGGUUCAUAGUGGGACAAAGAAACUUUAAUUUUUCCUGUACCUUUUUAAGAUUGUUCGCUUUCUGCCAUGCUUAGUUUUAAAAGUAUAACGAUGGAUUGCCUACUCCAUUUUAUGUAUUAGUACACUGUAUAUAUAUAUGACAUUAUAUAUAUAUAUAUAGUAACAAAUAACUUACUGUAUCAGUCCAGGUUCAGAAACUUGCGGUUGGCCAGUUGCGGAAUGAUUCUAUUUCACCUAUAAACUGUAUCACCUUUACAGGUGUUUGUAACUUUCAAAUGUACAAUGUGUUUACAGAUGUGCCCUGCAUCUAGUCCUCCCACGCUCCUAUUGUUUAAUUCUGUUAAGUCUCCUGAUUGCUUGCCAAAAGUUGGAAUGGCUGUUGGUUCCUCUGUGAAAGAGAACUGAUGCAUUCUUGAGCUUUAAAGUGUUGAACAAACUGGAAAAUAUAACUUAAAAGAGUGAGGCGAAAAAUGUUUGGGUUUUUUUAAAUGUUUCAGGUCAAUAGCAAAGUCUCUAGUUUGUUUUACAGGCUUUAAAGUUCCGCUGUAUAUUUAUUUGCCUUGUGUAAUCACUUGCCGCCUUAAGGGCUGGAUUCCAUAUAUUUAAAAAACCCCUGUUUUGCUUGCACGGGGUAUAAAGCUGUGCCCCCCAACAUCUGCUUUUACGGAACAGCAAUAUCUUCUAAAUGGAAUCUGACCCUUAGAGUUUAGAAAUGUGUCUUAGUCUUGCUGAGUAUUGAGGAAACUCACUUUAGCCAAUCCAGUGCAUCUUUCAAAUAAUGAAAUAAGUUCUCAAAAGAAACUGAAUAAAAUAAUCUCUAAAUGUUUGUUCCCCCUGCUUUUCUCACACCACUGCCUUGCCCCUUCCCUCGGGCCGUUGGUAUUUGAUGCAGAAACACCUUCUACAGUUCUCUCCAUUUGUGUGUUUUGAGCAUCUCGUCUCUUAAAAUAUUUCACCGUCUGCCUCCUCCACUCGAAAGCUCCAUUGGUUGUACCGUUGGCUUCAAGCAGUUAAGAAAUUCUCUUUCUGGGAGCCCUGUAGUUCCAGCUUGCUAACAAAGGCAGUAUUUCUGGGCAACAGGUUGGAUACAUUUUAUUGCCUAGGGACAGGCAGGACCAUGGAAUAAACUUCCUUUGUGCUGUUUUGUAACACUUAACCCUCUCUGUGUCUGCAGUCUUUCUCCUUAAGUCCUCACACAAUUCUUUACUGAGCACUUAUUAAAAAAAAACUUAAGAGUUAAUCUGUUUUCUGAUUAUUUUUGUGUAAAUUUAUAAAAACAAAUUCAUCUGUGACUAACUCAGCCCAUUCAAACAAUGCUAUUGUUUACUGAUAGGUCUCUUGAAUUUUCCUUGGACUCAGAGUAUUAGUACUGUAGCAUAAACCAAAUACAACCUGGAAAAGGUGCCACCUUCUCCCAUUCUGGGGACUGAACAUGGUGUGUGAGUGGGGGGGUGGGUGCAGGGAGGUGGGACACACAGACUAGGAAUUGAAUGAAUGUGUGUGCAAGCAUUUUAUUCAUGUUUGGAGAACGAACUUUGUAUUUAUUUUGUGCCAUUUGUUUUUAUUACACUGAGUAAAAUAAGUUUAAAACAAAAGCCUAAAAUAAGUGUAGGAUUCAAAAGUGGCACUAAGAACGAAAUCAUGAUCUAUUUUUUUAAUAGCAGUGAAGAUACUAAUUCAGGUUAAAGGCUUCUUUUAACUUUCUCUUUUGAAUGUAGGCCCUAUGAGUCAACCUACUCUUCCCCUCCUCUCCUCCCCCGUUUCCCCUACCAAGUGAAGUUUUAUAUUUAUUUGACUAUUCCUGCACAAGAGGGGGUGGGGGUGUACGUGUCCUCUCCCUUUCUCCUGAGUAAAAUCUGAACCCCCCCCCCCCCCCCCCCAACCUCUCUCCUUUCUUCAUCCCUCUAGUGGCAGGUUUCGUUGGGGUAUUAGCUGUAAUGUGUCUUGCACAAAUGAAACCUGAAUGUGUACCAAAAUAAAUACAUGGCUGUUUCUCUUUGGUGGACUGAGGUGUGUUUUUGUCCACUCCAAGGAAUGGCUUAACAGUUACCCUGUGCUCCCCCCCUCUCCCCGCCCGUGAUGAAGAUUGCUGUCCUUUCAUUGAGACAGCAUUGGUCUCUCUGCUCUCCUCAUUUGGUAUCCCAUCAGACUGGCAGGGCUGCGGUUAAUCUCAAGUUUUUGAUUUCUGUUUGAUUUAAGGGGGGAAAAAAAAAAAUCCCAGCUCAGUCAUUUGGGGAUCCUCAUUAUAGCUGCAGAAGCCAGUUGCCUGGCAGAUCUGGCAUUCACCUUUGAGAACUACCUGUGUAGUGUAGAUGGCUUCUGGUUUUGGCAAGGCCAGGCAGAGUUCUUGUCACUAACCCAUUGUGAACCAUAAAUCUGACUGUUUGCCUUCUUUAAUUGCUGCAAACUUCUUUUCAAUAUGGAAAGGCCAUUUUGGUGUUAAAUUUGUAACCCUUAUGUACUCAAUGGCUGGGGGAGGGGACUGGAGAGAGCAGGCUAUUUCAAUCAAAAACAAAAUCACUUCCUGCUUUGAUAAAAUAACUUCAGAGAGAUGGAAAUCGUCCUCUCUAACUUUCAUAGGCAAUUAUUGUUUUUCUACCACUUCUUUCAAAGACCAUGAUUUUGAUGCAAAUAUACCUUCCUCAUAAACAGCUGCUAACAGGUAGUGGUGGUGGUAGAAACAUUUCUUGAUGGUAGCAUGGCAGAAAGUUGUUACAUGCAUAAUUAUUGCAGGACAACUUGUACGUGGCUAAUAGUGUCUCCGUGUGUUAAGGUCUUGCUCUUUCUGAUAAUAGCGUUUUCAAGAACUUGCUCCAGUGUCUGGUGCUUUCAGUAAUCCUAUCACUUGGAUGGUUUUGUACGUGUUUAGUGUUCGUUUUCAUUAUUGAGGCUGUGUACAAAGGAGGAGGUGAGCGGGGUUAGGAGAGGAGAGAGCAAGGCUAAAUAUGAUUCAAGCUGCUACAAGAGUUUUUUCAGGUGCACAAGGCAAGAUUCGCCUGCUGUUUGCAAGAUCUUUGCUAAACCAAGUGUGACGUGGCUGAAGCAGGGAAUGGUGGGUGAGUGGAUAGAAAUCCUGGCUUUUGGCACCAUAGGGUUAAUGGAAGUAUGCCUACCCAUGGAAAAAAGUGAAAGCAGUUGAGAACCAUGAAUCUGGACUGAUGCAAGGGAUUGGAAGAUCUCCAGCUCCUCUACAGACACACUGCAUUACACAGCUUCAAAAAUGUGCCCAAUUUGUAUUACACCACCCAGGGUAAAGCUGGCUUCCUUAUAGCCCGCCUAAAGCCCUCAAAGUUGUGUAACUUAGCACCAUGACACGAGAGACUAGUGGAUGUCUGAGACAGUGCAGGAGUGUUGUAUUGCAACUCUGCAGUGCAUUGCGAGUGACCUUGUGUUCGGAGUGUAACAAUUCCCCAGUGAAUCACUGCUAGGAGUGUUGGCUUGCUGUUGUGAAAUGGAAGUCUCAUUAAAGGAACAGAAGUCAUAGCUUCGCAUUCACUGGGGGAUACGGAGUUGUAUUUAUCAUUGACUGUUAAUCAGAAAACUUCACAUGUGUCCAGGGUUCUAAAGCCAUUUUGUAACAUAGCAGUAUCCCUUUUCUACAGCCUUAUUAAUGGGUUUAGUAGCUUCUUUAAAAAAAAAAAAAAAAAAAAAAAAAUCCAUUUCUUUCUUUCUGUGGUAUGAAAAUUAUACACUGCGAACAUAUGAACGUUCAGCAAAUGUCAAACUUGCAGUUUUUCUUAAAAACGGUCUGCUUCCCGCACAGUCUCCUCAGGUGCUAAAUAAGGAUUCCCAAAAAUGGCUACUGCUUUAGGAGGUUCUGCUUUAUUCCUAAAAUACAUAUUUUUUUUUGCUUAGGUGUUAUAAAGAUUCAGUAUUUUAACAAGAAUGUUUUUGUUUUAAUAUGUAAAUAAGAAUAUGCCUCUUUAGUUUGGUUUUAUCCCUUUUGGGUCUGUUAGUCAAAUUUUCAUUUAUCCUUUUGAGAAGGACUUUCUUGUGACCUUGAAGACAUUUCAUUAAGUGUUGCAUUUAGGAAUGAAUCUACAAUUGUUCACGUCUUGGAUUAAUGCUACUGCUGCUAUCAGUAACUCUGAAAAUCAAGAAUGUGAUGCACUUUUUUACAUGACCAUAUAGUUCUUCUAAGGACGAUUUGACCCCCUCCUGUAACACAGCCACUAAUUCUGAAGGUAACCUAGAAACUGAAAUAACGGUUUGGAAGAUGAGCGUAACUGAUUUUGGUGCUGAACCAUCUAUGAGAAUUACUAUGCAAUGCAAGCAAAAGAAAACAUAACUUCAAAGAACACUGUGUAUCAUCCCUCCCUCAGGCUGCUAUUGGAAAGGUGGUGCAAAUGGCUGAGAUGGCACUUUCUCUUCCUUUUUGGCUGGAACAGGGAAUGCAGCUAAAAAUAACCCUAGGUCAAAGAAAUCUAGCUGAAGCAUAUUCUGUCCGAGUUGUGUUAUAUUCUGUUUUUUAGCCAUGUAGAUCUUUGGAAGGAAAAUGCUGAUCUCUGAAAAUAACCUUUUUAAUGCUUAAUCUCAAUGUGAAAUUUAUGGCAAGGAUUCUGCUUUCCCAAAGUUGUGAAACACGCUUAAUUUUGCCUGGUGUCUUCUCCCGCUGCUCUCAGGCUGAUGGGGGAGCCCAGCUGGCGUCUGAGGUUAGCUGUCUUUUCCCAUGCUCCACUAGUGCAGAGAGCCCUCGAGACUGGUCUCUCUGCUUUGUUUAGCUACAGAACAAACAUGUGAAUGAUUACAAAUAAACGAAGGCAUACAGGUUAGCGAGAAGGGGAGCGUCUCUGGUAUAAUGGCACUGGCUCAUUUGACAUAGAAGUACCAGAGCUAUUCACCUUUGUAGUUCUCAGCCAGAUCACUCACGAGCUGUGCUCUCCUGUUCGACGGGAGAGCUUGCAUGCUGUUAAGUGAGAGAUUGCUGGAGGAACAAAUUUACUUGAUCUUUCUGUGUGUAGAAAACUUUUUUUUUAAAGGGGGUAGAAAUAUUUUUGUAGGGUGAGGGAAAAAUUGAGAGAUCUGAAAUUGUAUGUGAUCAUGCUUCUGAAACAUAAAUCAAACUGCAAUAUGGUAGGUAAAUAUAGAGCAGAGUUUUCUGCCAUCAUUAGCUUGUCAGCACUGUGUUUUUUUGUUGACUGGUGUUUGCUUUUUUUUUUUAAUAUAACGUGCCUUGCAUGCCUGUUCGAUUUUAAAAAAAAUUCAAAUGAUCAAACUCACCAGUCAGUUGUUGUGGAGCUUUGCAUUGGUAAUUCUGGACUUCUCACCACCUUGUAUGGCAUAACGAACUCACCCUUCUGCAGUCUGGGAUUGGCUAUAGUUCUCAGUAACCAGCUGGAUCAGCUGUCAAAAUGAGGGCAUAAUCUUAAAUUGACUCUGAAUAGUGGCUGUCUUACAGGCUUGCGGGAAAAACUCAAAUCCUAUGAUAUGGCACCUUUCCUAUCUGAACGUGACUCAUAUUUGUGUGUGUUUAAAGGAAACCUGGCUUGCUGUUCUCCCCCUAUUAGCAAAAGAAGGUGGUGUAAUGCUUUGUCUACAGAACUGUGGAAGGUCUGGAAUCAGCUUCGCUCUGGAAUUCAGGUUUUCUGCAGAGGCUGAAAAUUCCAUUUACUGGGCUGGAUUUUCCUCCUGUUCCGCCCCCCCCCCCCCCUUGAGUUUUGUAAAGGAAAAAAGAAAAUGCACCUUGCUUUUAAAAAAAAAAAAAAAAAAAUGCUUGUUUGCAACCAUUGACUCAGACUAUUAAACUGUGCAAUUAUUGUUUUUUUCAUUUCUGCAUCUCUAGAUUCAGUCUCCCUAAAGUGUUUUUUUUUCUGUUUUAAGCCUCUCUGUAUUUCUGCCACUGUAAAUGUGAAAGCUUGCUUGCAUUACUUUUUAGAAAUGCAUUUUGCACACUCGGGUUUCACUGAAGCUCCAUGAAAAGGUUAGUCCUAAGCAGAUGAAUAAAGCUAUGCACAUGUUUUGAAAGUUUAAUUUGUGUCUCAUUACCAGAAGUGACUUAUCUGUUCUUGUUUGCAUUCCUGUGCUGUCAUUGCAUACUUAGCUUUACCAUCUGAGGGUGUGACAUAAGAUGGCAGUUUUGUGCUGUCAGUCAACUAACAGAAAACUGGUACUGCUUUUAGUAGCCUGAGAUGUUUUUUGUUUGUUUAAAAGCCUAAUUUAGAGAUUUAAGUAAGAGGGAGAAGGGUGUGGUGUCAGUUUUCUGGAUAUAUCCCUUGAUAUCAUUGAGUGACUGUGUCCUUUCUGUUGUUAAGGACGUGACUGGAGGUGUUACCUCCAGACUAGCUGAGAAGUUGCAGUGAGGGGGAAGGCUGAUCAGUUUACACUCGCUGCUUUUCAGUCCUAUUUGAAAGGACAGCCCUGAUUAUGGGAUGUUACCUUGACACUAGUUUAACAGAGAACCCCUUUGCUUAGGCAAGUGUGGGGUGGACUAAUUGUAAACGGUGUAGAGGGAAAACAGCUUAAAAAACCCAUUUAGUCUUUGCCCAUAGUGCAAGGCAAGAGACACGCUCAGCUGGUUUAAUUGCCGCGGUAUGCGUGCACUAAAUGGGUGACAUAUUGGCCAUGUUGAAGCUGAUGGCAAAAAUCCCUUUAAUCUCCAGGAAGCCAAGAUUUUUGCCCUGUGUCUUUACUUUUGUUUAUGCAGAUGUGUGGCUGCGCUACAUUGGUUUGACUGAACCAUCCUUGAAAACUUUUCUGUGAUCUAGCCCAGGCCCUUGCUGUGUAGGAGUGGCUGGAUUUCAUGUUAGAGACUUAUCCCAAACAGCUUUCUUCCAUGUGCUCCCUUAGCUGCGGCUGAAAUUCGUACUUAUUUUACAGGAGCUUUUUCCGUACAGAACAGGGUUGCUUUUCUAUCUGUCACACGUGUACUUACUGCCUUCAGUGGCUCGGGCACCAAGUGGCUUGGAGGCUCUCAACAUGUUUACUUAGGGGAAAAUAAAACCACAAUCCCUCCUGACUAUUUCAGUGUUAAUGGCACUUUGAAACUCAACUGCAUACUACAGACCCAGAAAGUUGGGCUCAUACACGUGGUCUCUCGUGGCAGAACUGCAGGAGCACAGAAGGCGGUGUCUUGCAUGGAUAGCUGCCUGCGCUCGUAUCUGCCAAUAGUUCUCAUUUCUCUUCAGUUUCCUGGUAUGUAUUUUAAAAUCACAGCAGAUCCUGUGUCUUACUUGCUCAGGAGCUGAAUUACCUCUUCAUGUCUGAGAGGGAUAGCCCCUCUCUGUUACUGGUGGGGUAGCUAUGUACUACCACACACAAUGUUAAAGGUAGUUGUUUUCUUGUCCCCUUCCCAAUAAUUUGAAAUAGGCUAAAAUAUUGUGUACCCAUUUACAGACGUAGACAUUUUCCAGAUUGUGGGAGGGGUGGCUAGAGCAUUUAGUGUAAUACGUAAAUACCUGCUGUAGCUGUAUCUAGUGCAGGCUGUUGCAGCCUUGUAUGUUACAGAGUGAUGUCAUGGAACGUAAGGAUAGAUACUGUCCAUGAGCUGUAAUGGCAGAAUAGAUCUUUACUGAAGAUGUCGUACUCCACACUUUAAAUGUUUAAAAAGUUACCUUAAUUUCAUUUAUUCUAUAUUGCACCAACUGGUCUUCAAAAGUUACCCAAAUUUACUACUUUAUCAGGAAGAAAACAGAAAAUUAUGUAGAUCAAAUACAUUGACAGACAAUAAGUGAUGUAAAUUGUUGAAUAAAAAUUUUAAAAUUUG